AUGUCGAAAUCGGACAACGACGAAAAACGCCCGGAAACUGCUGAUGUGUUGGACAUCGAACAAGAAGAUCCUAUUAAACUAGAAGAUGAUUACGAUGAGGAUGACUUCGACUCGAACGAAGAUUCACAACCCCUAUCCUCGCGGGACACCUCGUCGUUACCGUCGGACGACGAGGUCGAACAGUAUGAAGUUGCGCAAGGCAACAAUGAAGUCACGUCUCGUAAGCGCCUAAUUCUUCUCGUCUUCUUGGCGGCACUUCUGUGGAUAGGAUUCUUGCUGCGUCGAUCGUGGCAGGAAAGCAAGAAGCCCAAGAUCAUCUAUGCAUCUCGAUACUCAAAGGAACAUAAGUUUAGACCUGCUGCAAGCCCCAUCAUCACAGAGACGUUGAAGGACGGGCGGAUAAGACUGCGCGGUGCACUGCCGGAGCCAACUAAUCCUCCUAAACCAGUUGUCAAGCCUAAGAAGAAGAAAGCGCGGAGCGGAAAGCUGUCAGGGAAAAAGAAAGCGGCGCGUCAGGUGAAGCGUAAGAUCGGGACAGCGGACAAGAGGAUGUAG